ACCACUUCAAUGACCUUCAGAUCGUGAUCGGAUGGCUGAGCUUGACGGGGACCGCUACCUCGAGCGUGAACGAGAAUGGAAUAAACGACACCCACCACCUCGACCGUCUUCAAGUCUUAGCUCACAUUCGAAUCAUUCCCACACUUACCCCAGCCGACCUCCAUCAGUCACAGCGUAUGCGACACCGACGCUCGCAUCCCUUCAAUGGCGAGGUUCCAGUUCUCGAUUAUCUGGUGCCAGCUCUCCUGCCAGUUCACAGGCUAGUCAUGACUCGUUACGAGACCCAGAAGAAGUGGAAGAAGAACGAAAGGUAACGCACGAACGUGAGCAAAAUUGGAACUCACCACAGCCCAAAUGGAACACAACGAGACAUCAUAGUUAUGACGGCAGUGGAAAUGAAGUUACAUCUGCGAGUGACCAUCUUUCCCAAAGCAAGAGUGGGAGGAGUUUGCGUGCAUCGUCUAGUUUACCUCGCCUCACCCCAGAGGCUCAAAGCAAGGGCUCACUGACGGCUGUGAAGGUGCAUUCUCACAAAGGCAAAAUAGAUUCGAUGCUCGAUGAAUCAUCGUCCGUUCAUCCGCCGCAGGGUGCAGAUUCGUUGUCUCCUUCCAAUAAUGGCAAAGCUUCACCCCGUACUACACCACUUAAGCCUGCGGCUGCUUCAAGAUUUGGCUGGGGUUUUUCGCGGGGUCAUCAGCUUCCUCCUUUAGAUCUGGAGAGUUCGCCUAAACGAGGCGGACGCAGCAACAAGGAGCCUGAUUCCUCACCUCACCACACGCCAACCAUCUCUUCGCCAUCGCCGACUCCAGGCUCGCUCGCAUCCAACCGAGCGUCGGGCGUCAAUCGGUCGAGCUUGAUUCCAGUACCCUCGCCAUCUAAGAAGAAUGGUCUUUUCAACAGUGGCAGUUUUGCCUCUUCCACUCCUAAAGCCAACGAUGAGGAGAAGUUCAAGAAGGGUCAUCGCAAGCGGCUGACAAACAUCCACGGUGCAUUUGGGGAUGAGGAUAUGGUUUUAGCGAGCGACGAGGAAUCCGUGUCGGAGUUUGCUCCGCAAUUGACUGCUCCAGACACACGACCUUCGAAUUCUUUCCCAGAAGAUCCUCUCAGCGAGCCAGAGACAGAGGUUCUGGUGUCUCCACCAUCCUCGCCACCAAGGCUACACUCAGUCGUUCAAACACCUGGUGUUUCUUCCAAUGAUGAAGCACGUCUUCACAGAGCUCUUUUUUCAACUUCAGCGACCUCGUUCCGACCUCCUACUCCAGACUCUCCACUAGAUAACUCUCAGUCCCAAGAGCAGGCGAUGCCAUCAUCCUUCACUCCCCCAGGAACGCCGCCAAUGACCAGUUCCGCUCCUCGGGACGAAUCUUCUUCUGAAGCCAUUCCCACCUUCGCGCUCACAACUCCACCGCGCCGUCUUGCGUCAAGCACUUCCAUUCUUGACUUCCGCACUCCAUCUCCGCCUCACGAUCUUUCUAAUCUUUCUGUUCUCCCUUCAUCUUCUGAAGAUGAAGUAGAGACACACGAGGCGGAUGUUACACCCGUCCGAAUGGAUGAGGAUGGCCCUGCCAAUCCGAACUAUACCGCAAUGAAGACCCCGAAGCCUCCUGGAGCGUGGGCUGCUACACCCGUACCGCCCAAGCACCUGAGGGAAACAUCACCACCUCCUACUUCAUCCGAGUUGGCUCUGACUGUGUCAUUGUCAUCGACACCUCUAUCUCGAGCUAUUUCUGAACCUGAACGGAGCUCGGAGACAAAUGUCCCAGCAGGCAAUGGACUGCUCACGCCAAUACCUUCUCUGUCGCGCGCUAAGUCUCUUCCUCUACGCACCCCGGCACCCCCUGGGGCAUGGAUGCUCACUCCAAAUCAACCCGUGACUCAGAAUGGACAGAAUGGUUUUGCCAAUCAAUCCCAGUUUGGUUCUAUCGGAAGGAGGAAGAGCAUUCUCAAAGUACGCUUUGACGUCACGGAAUCAGAGGCUUCAACUGCUGAAGUUGAAAAAUCACCUUUACCUUCUGGACGCGUAUCUGCGCCAGACUUUCUGCCUGAUAGCCACGCACGACAAGAUGGGGGGUUACCUCAGUAA